AUGUCUUUGCGUCUAACCGCUGCUCGUCUGGCUCGCGUCAACGCAAAUCGAGCACAUUGCUUGACUACUCCGUCGUCUAGCCUCGCACGUCUCAGUCUUUGUUCGUCUCUCGUCGGUGAGCACUUCAGGAGCGCCACUUUCUCCACCGCGGCUGUCAGAAUGAGCUCAAUUGCCGCUACAUCGCUCAACCCACCGCCCGCUCCACUACGUGUGAAGCCACCCACGGCUGAGCAGGAGCAGGCCGACUACGAAGCCGCCGUCAAACAGGUGCAGGAUUGGUUCGACAGUCCCCGUUUCAAGGGCAUCAAGCGUCCAUAUGGUCCAGAAGCCGUGGUUUCAAAGCGUGGGUCCAUGCCCGUUCAGCCGCCUGCUUCGUCCCUAGCUGCCGAUAAGCUGUUUGCUAUCUUGUCCGAACAUGCAGCAAAGGGCACACCCGCGCAUACCAUGGGUGCCAUCGAUCCCGUCCAGCAAUCGCAGAUGGCUCACAACCAGGAAGUUGUCUACGUCUCUGGCUGGGCAUGCAGUUCCGUGCUCACCACUUGCAACAACGAGGUGGGCCCCGAUCUUGCAGACUACCCCUACACCACCGUACCCAACCAGGUUCAGCGUCUCUUCAAGGCUCAGCAGCACCAUGACCGAAAGCAUUGGGACGAACGAUGCCAGCUUACCCCUGAACAAAAGGCCAAGACGCCUUGGGUCGAUUACCUGCGACCCAUCAUUGCCGAUGCCGACACUGGUCACGGUGGUCUCAGCACCGUCUUCAAGCUGGCCAAGCUUUUUGCUGAGCAGGGUGCUGCUGGUAUCCACCUCGAAGAUCAACUUCACGGCGGCAAGAAGUGUGGUCACCAGGCAGGAAAAGUGCUGGUCCCGACUUCGGAGCACGUUAACCGCCUCACCGCUACGCGAUUUGCAUGGGAUAUUCUCGGCUCGGCCAAUAUCUUGAUUGCCCGAACUGACUCGGAGUCGGCCAAGCUCAUCUCUUCUAGCAUCGACGCCCGCGAUCAUGAAUUUAUCAAGGGCGCCUACAACCUGCCCGAGGGUACUAAGAGCCUCGCGGACACCCUUGCUGCCAAAGAGGCAUCGGGCGCUUCGGGUCCCGAGGUUGACGCUGUCGAAAAGGCAUGGAUGGACAAGUGCGAGCUGCUUACCUUUAACGAAGCUGUUGCCAAGCACAAUGCUUCCAACAAGAAAGGUAUUGAGGUGUACAGCCAAAAAGUUGCCGGUGGCGUGUCCAACGGUGAAGCUCGAGCGAUUGCUAAGGAGGUCUUUGGUGCUGAAGGUGUGCCUACCUGGUGCUGGGAUGCUCCUCGAACCAAGGAAGGCUACUACCACUUUAAGGGCGGUGUCGCAGCUGCCAUCAAGCGUGUCAAGAUCUUUGGCGCGUAUGCCGACAUGCUCUGGCUCGAAACCAAGACGCCUGACCUCAAACAGGCGCAAACCUUUGCUGCCGAUAUUCACCGCGACCUGCCGGGCAAGUGGCUCGUCUACAACCUCAGCCCUAGUUUCAACUGGAGUGCACACGGAUUCUCUGACCAGGACCUCAAGAACUUUGUCUGGGAUCUCGCCAAGUCUGGCUUUGUCUUCCAGCUCAUCUCGCUUGCCGGCCUUCACUCGACCGGUGCGAUGACAUGCGAGCUUUCGCAGCGCUUCAAGACGGACGGCAUGCUUGCCUAUGUCGAAUUGGUGCAGCGAAAGGAGAAGGAGAUCGGCUGUGAUGUGCUGACCCACCAGAAGUGGUCUGGUGCCGCUUACGUCGACCGUAUGCUACAGGCAGUCAGCUCCGGAAGCUCCGCAACGCAAGCAAUGGGUGCCGACAGCACCGAAAGUACAUUCUAG